AUGUUUGAGCUCCCUAUUGUUGACGGCUAUGAAAAUAGUCAAACUUAUCUAGCUGAAAGGAAACUAAAAUAUAGAUACUUCAACCAAUCACAUAAAAGGUACCAACGUUAUUUGGAAUCAAAGGGAAAGACUGAUGUGGCUCUUAGAAACGAGCAAGAACAAGAUGAAGAUGAUGAAGAUGAUGAUAUUGAACGUAGACACAAUUAUGAAGAGAGGCUUUAUUUCAAGAGGUAUGAGAAACCUCAGAAUAGUUAUGAAAUAUGGAGACUUAACAAUAAGAAACGAAAGAGAGAACCACUACAACAACGUACGAUGAGUUAUACAGAUAUAUCAGAGAUCGAAGAUUAUGGGAAACGUAAGAGUCAGCAUUUGUAUUAUUCUAAUCAUAAACUUGUUGAAGAUUUUCAAAAUCAAGUUGAUGGAUAUGAGCUUUUAAAGAGAAAAACACCUGUUGUAAAAAAUGUUGAUUUGAAAGUUGUAGAGACUUUGACACAAUUAUUACACAUUAAUAUUAUAAGAAGGAAAUGGAAUGUUGCAUAUAGAGUAUUUGCACAAUUAGUCCGUAUUCCUACUGUAGAUAUUAGAUCCAUUUGGAACCUUGGUGUUGAAAUCAUGUCUCAUGCACAAGAAAACAAUGAUUCUGAACAAAAGAUGACACUAGAGUUUUUAGAAUGGAUGACAAAAGUAUAUUCUUCAAGAGCUAAAUAUGUUGAAGGAAUCAAUCACAAACUUGCACCUAUAUUUCGUAGUGGUUCAAAGGAUCAUACUGCCAAAUAUGUCACUACAUUAUUAUGGAGAUCUUUGUAUGUAGCAUCUGCGAAAGCACUAGACAAUGACCAUAACACUGACGAUACUAAUCAAGAACAUUCUUCGAUCAGUGAUGAGGCAUUACAGUUACUCAUCGAAAAGAUAAAUGAUUUAUUGAUUAUACCCACAUACAUGGAAGAAAGUGAGAUCUGGUUUGUACAAGCAAUGUGCCAUGUAGUGAAGACGGAUUACUUGACAAGACAAAUGAGCUCCAAUCGCGUUGAUUCCAUCAAUGAUAUACGUCGUAACGAUGUCACAGCAGCCAUCAAGACAGCUGAACGGUGUCUUGAAGAAUGUCUUAAACGAACAGCCGGCGAUACUGUCCUGUUCAGAUUUCCAGACCGCUACAUCCGCAGACAACUCCGCCAGCUAGAACACAGGAUCGCCAACGAAUAG